AAAAAAUAACAGGGCGUGUUAUAUAAUAUUGUUGAUUAAAAAACAAAUCAUGUUGUUUUCCUAAAACAUGAUUAAACCACCUUCUAACAAAAACCUAAUUUAUUGUUGCUUGUCUGAUUCAACGUCUUCUUCUCUCAAUCUCUUCCGUUGUCAACAAUCGAAACCGCGAACCCUUUGAUUUGACCAGAUGAGAUCAAAAUCGAAGCAGGUGUUGCUACUAUGGCUUGAGGGUUUUCGAGAAGCUUGUUCUCUUCACCGUGUUGUCAUUCUCUGUCUCAGGUCGAGAAAGCUUCUCUUAAGAACUGGGCAGUGUUUUCUUUUGAAUGGUUUGAUUUUCUUAGGAAGUUUAGGUGUGUUUAAGUGGUUUAUAGAUCCAUCCCUUCAGUGGAUAUUACCUGAUCAGUGCUCUCCCCUCACUUCUCAAGAAUUUUGUUCGUAUGGUGGAUUUUACGCCUUUCUACGUGGUGGACUUUUGCAGCUCUUUUACGUUUUUUGGUUCUAUCCUCUGUACAUGCUCAGCUUCAUCUUGAGUAACAUCUGGUAUAACGAUAUUGCAAAGCAUGGAUUCGAGGCAAUUGAGAUAUCUGACUUAAACUCAGCUGAAGCAUUAAGACAAGGUGAAGCUCUGGCGUCCCUGAAUAUGGCAAAUGCUGAAAGGCCUUCUGGUCUUGGAGGGGUGAUGAUCGGUAUAGGAGAGCAGGUGUACUCGAUACUUCUCCUGACAUUUUUUUUUCUUGAGGUUUGUGUUGUUGGUGUUAUACCAUACAUUGGGAAGAUAUUGAAUUUCUUACUUCUUUCAUGGAUGUAUGCCUACUAUUGUUACGAAUAUAAGUGGAACUUCUCGGGGAUUUCUCUGAAGAAAAGGCUGGACUUCUUUCAAUCUAACUGGGCAUUCUUUGCUGGUUUUGGAAGCCCCUGCGUGUUGGCCAUUUUCUUUCUCUCGCCUCUUGUGAGCGGAGCGCUUAUGGCCAUCUUAUUUCCAUUGUUUGUCUUAACUGCUACAGGAUCAGGACCUGAAAAAUUGAUUGGGGCCCCGAGAAGAACGUGGAAAUGUGCAGGUUUAGGAAAGCUUCCAAUAUUCUAUAUUGCUGACACUCUCUCGUAAGCCAAUUUCUCUCUCAAUCUCAUGAUGUUAAAGCUUCAUAUCGUAAAAUGUUUACUGGUCCUAGUAAAAAUAUGCAAUAGUAAAUUCAAAUCCGUAUGAUUGAAGAAACAAUCCUCAGUAUUCACUGCAUUAAAAACGUUUGUUGUGUUUUCAUGAGGAAAUAGGCAGUUCUAGUGAUAACGAUUUUAUUAUCGUGUUUGGUUUAUUCAUUCUCUGAAACUUUAUGCUUAAGUUACAAAUAACUGGCUUUGCUAUUCAAGGAUGUUGGCGUUGUCUAUCUUCCGGUUGGAGUCCCCUCACGAGAAUUAACAUGAAAAGACAGGCUGAAGUUGAAACAUUAUGUCUGCAUCUCUCAGUCUUCGUGGCUAGUCAGAAGAUUAUAUGCAUUUGUGUUGAUAGUCAUACUGUCUUCUUGGUGAUAUUGUCAAGUACAGACUCAUGCUUCAGCAAUUUCCGUGCGGCUUUGAGGUCAUCUGACACGCACGCUCAUGGCCGACGACAUGCUGCUGCAAACUCCAAAGCAACAGACAUGAAGAAUACAAGAUUUAUGUUAAAGUAGUGUUGAUUGUAAAAUAAUAUAAUCCGUGUUUAGUGUUUCAUUCAUUUUACUUGUACAUAUCCUUAUCUAAUAAAUCACAACUCACUUCUUUAACAACCGCAACAUUAACUUUCUGCCACUGGCUUAAUUCUAAACUUAUGCAUUUUUAAUU